UAAUAAUACCCUUCUCCACGUAACAGAAGAGUACAAGAUCUCUGUGUUUCUCCCCCACUAACCCCUCCCUUCCGCCCCCCGCGUCCGAGAUCGAGCGAGCUAUGAUGGAAACGGCGGUCCAAACCCCCAAGACUCCCACAGAUCCGGCGGCUGGAUCUCCGCCGGAGAGCCGCCCAAUCCGCCGCCGGACGCGAUCGUCCUCCAGCUCUGCCUCUUCCUUCUCCUCCACCUCCCCCUCCCCAUCUCCUUCCCCCGCACACCGAAUCUUUUCCCCCCUCCGCCCCUCCUCCACCAUCCCCUUCUCCUGGGAGCACCUCCCCGGCGUCCCAAAAUCCCCCAAAUCCCUCCCCCCCGACUCCCACUCAGCCACCGACCCCCGCCGCCUCCUCCUGCCACUCCCUCCCCCGCUUCGCUCCAAAUCCGCCCCCCCUUCCAUGCCCCGAAAGAAGCGAUCUGACGCCCGCUUCGCCAACCUCGCCACCGACGACCCCUUCGCCGCCGCCCUCGCCGAGUGCGCCAAGGACGAUCCCUCCGGGACCGAGCUGGACAAGCUCUGUGGGGAGCCCGCCGCCAGCUCCCGGCGGCGUAGGUCAGCGGCGCCGGCGAUCACCGACCGGUUCGGGCUCUUGGAUCUGUACGGCUCCUGCAAGACCUCGUGCUCCGUCGCCGAAGCCACCAUCUCCAUCCCCCGUUCCAUCACCCACCGCGCCGCCGAGUACGGCCUCCUCAAAAGCCGGUCAACUUCCUGACCCCACUCCGGUUCGCUCUGGUCCAAGAUAAGUACAUAAAUAAAAUGAUAGCAAAGCUAAUAAUCGAGUAAAUCUCCCGUUAAUUAUUUGUUUUGCUAUGCUUAAUGUUGCUUUUUUUCGCCUUAAUUCUCUCUUCUGUAACCAUGUACACUACAAUAUUGCCUCUUCAAAUAUGGCAAAUCCUUAUUGUGUGAUACUAGAUCUGGCUUUACAUGCACCUGAGCUAGAGCCCAUUUUGCAUCCGACGUGGCACAAGGAGAUUGGUUCAUAGACCAACCCUACAGCCACGCGAAAUGCUACAAGUGUUUGUAAUACGAUUGUGCUGCUAUUUUUUUUUUUUUAUCCCUGUUUUUUUACUGGCAUGGGUGGAAUAAGGUCCAUGGGAGACUGGGAGUCAUCGGAGAGUGAGUUUAUCCGGGUCUUUAGCUGGAAGAGUGGAAUAAGGGCUUAGAAUAGUGGGCGUCGUUGACUACUUUAGGUGGAAUAGUUUGAAGUGAGAUAGUAAACAAUGGGAAGACCGUGCAGUGUUUGGUGAGCCACGACGUCUAAUAUAAAAGGGGGAAAAAAAAAAACUCUGUCGUCGUUCGAGAAUCAAUCAUGCAUAAAUUUUAUAAAUGGGUUUAUUUUUGGGUCUUGGAUGUCA